AUGUUAGUUCCUACUGAAGACACUGUCCGUUUCAGUUUUUUGAUUUCUGAAUUACUUUCAUUUAAAAAAAACGUCUAUUUAACUGGUUCAAGUGGUACUGGAAAAAGCGUAAUUGUUUAAACUUUACUUUAGCAAAUUCAAUCGACUAAAAAUGUAGAUAAUUUUCAGCUUAUUUUUUCCGCUUAAACUUCUUCUUAUAUUACCUAAUUAUCAAUAGAAGGAAAGCUUGAAAAAAUAAAAAAAACUUUAUUAGGUGCUAAACCUAAUCGAAAAACCUGUAUUUUCAUCGACGAUAUAAACAUGCCUGCUGUUGAAGAAUACGGCGCAUAACCCCCAAUAGAAUUACUCAGACUUCUAGUCGACAAAAAUGGCCUAUAUGACCGAAAAGAGAGAUUCUGGAAAGAUAUCUAAGACACAAUGCUCUGUAUAUGCAGCGCACCACCUGGAGGUGGUCGAAACUCACUCACAAUGAGAUUUACAAGGCAUUUUAAUAUCCUUAAUGCGCCUUAACCAUCUCGAGAAAUCCUCUUUAAGAUCUUCGAUAGUCUCCUUUCUGGUUUUUUAAAAGCCUUAAAUUUCCCAGAAAGUGUAAAAAGAAUGUCAGAGGCCACAGUGAACAGCACAAUAGAAAUAUACUAAAGCAUAAGCCUGGAAUUAAAAGCUAAACCAUCAAAAUUCCAUUAUACAUUUAAUUUAAGGGAUGUUUCGAAGGUGUUCUAAGGAAUAAUGAUGUCUCAUUAAUCAACUAUUAGAGAUAAUAAUAUGUUCGUAAAACUCUGGAUUCAUGAAACUUAACGAGUUUUUUUCGACAGUGAUAUUUUGUGUUUAGAAACUAAUUUGAAAGAAUACGAAGAUGUAACUGAAAAAAUGCCAAAAGUAAUCAAAACUUUAGAAGAUAAACUUGACGAUUAUAACUCUUCAAACACUAACAAAAUGAACCUGGUAUUCUUUAAUACCUGUAUUUAACAUAUUCUUAGAAUUAUGAGAGUUUUAAGGUCUCCAAGAGGAAACGCGAUGCUUAUUGGAGUAGGUGGAAGUGGAAAAUAAUCCCUGACAAAAUUAAGUAGUUAUAUUUUAGAAAAUAAAACAGUACAAAUUGAAAUUGUAAAAGAUUUUGACGGCGAAAAAUUCAGAGAUUUCAUUAAAGAUAUAAUGAAAAUUUCAUCUAUAGAAGGCAAAAAUGUCUGCUUUAUAUUCACUGAUAAUUAAAUUCUGUAUGAAACUUUUCUUGAAGAUAUAAAUAAUAUACUUAAUUCAGGAGAGGUACCUAAUCUAUGGUAAUCAGAUGAAAAGGAUAUAAUUAUUAAUGAAACUAGACAAAUAAAUAAUAAACUAAAAAGAUAAGAAGAUCCAGACACUAUAUAUAAAACUUUCGUUGAAAGAGUAAGACAUUAUCUUCAUAUUGUUUUAUGUAUGAGUCCUAUAGGUGAUUCUUUAAGAGUUCGUCAUCGUAAAUUUCCUUCAUUAAUUGAUUGUUGUACUUUAGAUUGGUUUUCUACUUGGCCUAAAGAAGCAUUAAUAAGUGUAGCAGAGACUAUUUUUAAAAACAAUAGUAAUUUCCCAUUAUCUUCUACCAUUUCUAAACAAGAUAUGAUUUCAAAGUUAUCUUUAAUGUGCUAAAUGGUUCACACAUCUUCUACUUAAAUUGCCGAUUUAUUUGAAUAAUAAUUAAAAAGAAGAGUAUAUAAUACUCCUAAGUCAUAUUUAGAUUUAAUUAAACUUUAUUAAGAUACUCUAAAUAAAAAAAGAUUCGAAUUAAUUUAAAACCAACAAAGACUUUCUUCCGGUUUGACCAAACUCGAACAAGCUAAUAAACAAGUUGCACAACUUUAAAUCGAUUUAACCGAUCUAAAGCCUUUAUUAGCCGAAAAAAGCAUUAUAGUAACCGAAAAGCUCAAACAAGUCGAAAAAGAUUCUGAAGAAGCUGCCGAAAAGUAACUAAUAGUAUACGAAGAAGCCUCAAAAGUUUAAAAAUAAAAAGAUAAAAUUCAACUUAUAGCUGACGAAGCCUAAAUAGAACUUGAUAAAGUAAUGCCUGAGUUAAUUAAAUCCCAAGAAGCAGUAUCUAACAUUGAUAAAUCCCAACUAAGUAUAUUAAAAACACUUGCCUAACCCCCAUCUUAAGCCAUUAUAACUUUUGAAGCGAUCUGUGUACUUUUAGGGGAGAAAAAAGUCGAAUGGUCAACUGCUCGAUCUCUCCUCUAAGAUGUAAGUAAAUUUGUUAAAACUCUCGUAGAAUAUGACAAAGACAAUAUUUCAGCUGAAAAGCUAAAAAAAUUAAAUAAAGUACUCUCUAAACCCGAAUUUAAUCUUGAAGAUAUAAAAAAAAAUCUAUCCUAUGCCUAUGAUCUUGCCCUUUUUUGUAAAUCUAUGAAGAUUUACGCAGACGUAAACUUAAUAGUAAAGCCUAAAAGGGAAUAAGUUGCCAAACUUAACGCCGAACUUGAAAUCGUCGAAAAGAAUUUGCAGGAAAAAACAUCGGCAUUAAACUAAGUAAAGGCAAAAGUUCAGAAACUCCGCGACGAAACCGAAUUAGUAGUCCAAGAAAAGCAGACCCUAGAAUACAAUAUGGAACUGACAGAAAAAAGACUUUAAAGAGCUCAAAAGCUAAUCGUCCUCACAGCUGAUGAAGCCAUAAGAUGGAAAGAAACAGUCUAAAAAUUAAACAUAGACAUCGAAAAUACUUUCGGAAACGCCUUUAUAUCUUCUGCCUAAAUUUCCUAUAACGGCCCCUUCACAGGUAUUUUUAGAACCGAACUCGAGAACAAAUGGAUUGAAUAAAUAAAAGAAUACAAUAUUCCCAUAAUGUAAGAAAAUUACACUAUAUCUAAAGUAAUGGCAGACCCUAUGUAAUUAAGAGAAUGGUAAAUGUAAGGUCUUCCUAGUGAUUAAGUUUCUUAGGAAAACUCAAUUUUUAUAAUGAAUGCAUAUAGAUGGCCUUUAUUAAUUGACCCACAACUAUAAGCUUCUAAAUGGAUAAAAAAUAUGGAAAAAUAAAACAAAUUAUCCAUCCUAAAAUUCUCUAACCCAAAAUUUAUCUCCAUAAUCCAAGCCUAAGUCGCAAACGGAUAUCCUGUAAUAAUCGAAGAUGUUGACGCUAAAUUGGACCCUGUCCUAGAUACUAUAUUAACAAAAGCAUAUUUCGAAAUCGAUGGCCGAUUACUUUUAAAACUAGGAGACAAAGAAUGUGAUUAUCAUAAAGAUUUUAGACUCUACAUGACUACAAAGAAGCCUAAUCCAGCCUAUUUACCUGAAAUAUUCAUUAAAGUUACUGUUAUAAACUUCACGGCGACCUUCGAAGGCCUCGAGGACCAAUUUCUAGCUGACGUCGUGAAAACGAGAAUCCUGAAGUGGAGAAAAAAAGAGACGAAAACGUUCAAAACCUAUCCUCUUACAGAAAGAAAUAAUCGAAUCUGA